AUGGCCGACAGUAUGUUACAGGAUCCUCUGUAUCGUCACGUUAUGAGCGAAGUGAAGCUCGUUUACACACACAUUUCAUGGAUGUCUCGCUACUACUACACUUGGAACAAUUAUAAUUCCCCGUUGCUGUAUCUGAGGCGAGCGUCAUGGUCGUUCAUGCGGACCAAUAUGAAUUUCGUGACGGAAACCUGGGCAAAUCUGAACACGCUGGUCGCGAACGAUGGUCGUCCGGAGUUGAAGGCACUGCUGAAACCACUGGAAGAUCGUACAGAAGUGUGGGAAUCGAGCAAGAAGUUUCUGGAGGAUGUGAUUCAGCGAUCGGAAUAUUAUUAUGCGCAAAAAUGGAUUGAUGAUGAUGAUUAA